AUGUUUCGGCAAGUGGGAGUAUCCAAGGAAGAUCAAGACUUGCAGCGUAUAGUAUGGCGAGAGAGACCAAGCKAGGUACUUCGCAUCUAUAGACUAGCGACAGUCACUUAUGGUACUACUUCAGUAUCUUUUAUGGCGACUCAGUGUCUCGCAUCGCUAGCUGAAGUAGAAAAGCUAAGAUUUCCUAAGGCAGCGAAGACAAUACGUAGGGACUUCUAUAUGGACGACCUUAUGACUGGAGCUGAGACUAUAGAUGAAUGCAAGAUGUUACAGUCGCAAAUCAGCAUGGUUUUAGAGUCAGCCAAACUACCGCUCAGAAAAUGGUGCUCUAAUUCAGCCGAGAUACUCAAAAGCGUAGAAGCAGCCGAAAAUGAGCCAUUAUUCAUAAUCAAAAUAGAAGCAGAUGAGAUAGUAAAAUCUCUUGGAUUAUGUUGGAAGCCAACGCAGGAUGUGCUUGGAUAUCAAGCUAUAAUGCCAGCUAAGAGUCYAAGAUGUACAAAAAGAAUAUUGUUAUCUGACCUUAACAGGAUUUUUGACCCUCUUGGUUUUUUGACACCUGUACUCACUAAAGGUAAAAUAUUCCUGCAACAACUGUGGCAAAUAAAGAUAGAUUGGGACCAACCAAUUGCGGACGAUAUAAGGGAGAAAUGGCUCCGAUUCUGCAUACAGUUCGAGGAACUCGGAGUGUUAACGAUUCCUAGGGAGUGCAAGCCAGUCAUGAGCGAUCAUAUUGAGGUGCACGGAUUUUGUGACACUUCUGAAGAAGCUUAUGGUGCAUGCAUCUAUGUGCGAAGUAAAGAUCAGAAUGAACAGUGGUGUUCACGGCUAUUAUGUUCAAAAUCAAGAGAAGCACCAGUCAAGGGAGCUACAAUACCGCGUUUAGAACUUGGAGGCGCUCUGGUGUUAGCACAGUUGGCAGAAAAGGUAGCAUCAGCAUGGGAAUUAGAUGUCAAAGAUUUCUACCUCUGA